CCGCCCCGCGCCUCCCCGUCCCGUGCGCUGCCCACGGAGCAUGGCGGGCCCGAUCGGCGGGGCCCGGCGGCUGCCGCUGCCCCCGCGCCUCCGCCCGCCGCCGCCGCCGCGCAGCCCGCCGCCGGGGCGGGGGGCCGGGGGCUCGGCGGCGGCGGCGGCGGGGCCGGCGCGGCUGAAAGGGCCCGGGGAGCUGCCGGGGCCGGGGCUGCUCCGCACUUUCGUCUGGCUCUUCCUGCGCGGCUACCUGCUGCACACGCACCGGCUGCAGCUGAUGUCGCGGCGCAUUUACGGCCCCAUCUGGAAGUCGACCUUUGGGCAUUACGAGAACAUCAACAUCGGGAGCCCCGAGGUGCUGGAGCAGCUGCUGCGGCAGGAGGGCAAGUACCCGAUGAGGAGCGACAUGGCCCUGUGGAAGGAGCACCGGGACACCCGGCGCCUGCCCUACGGCCCCUUCACUGAGGAAGGGGAGCGCUGGUACCGCCUGCGCCAGGUCCUCAACAAGCGGCUGCUGAAGCCCUCGGAGGCAGCGCUGUACGCGGGCGCCAUCGGCGAGGUGGUGUCAGACCUGAUGGUGCGCCUGCGGGCCGAGCGGAGCCGCAGCCCCUCAGGGGUGCUGGUGGGUGACGUGGCCAACCUGCUCUACCGCUUCGCCCUGGAAGGGAUCUCCUACAUCCUAUUCGAGACCCGCAUCGGGUGCCUGCAGCAGCAGGUCCCCACCGAGACCCAGCGCUUCAUCGACUCCAUCAACCUCAUGUUCAAGAACUCCAUCUUUGCCACCGUCCUGCCCCGAUGGACCCGGAAGGUGCUGCCCUUCUGGGACCGCUACCUGGACAGCUGGGACACCAUCUUUGCCUUCGGCAAGACCCUGAUUGACCGUAAGAUGGUGGAGCUGGAGGGGCAGGUGGAGCGGGGCAAGGAGGUGUCGGGCUACCUGAGCUACCUGCUGGCCAGCGGCCGGCUGAGCCUGGAGGAGGUCUACGGCAGUGUGGCCGAGCUGCUGCUGGCUGGUGUGGACACGACCUCCAACACGCUCUCCUGGGCCUUGUACCACCUCUCCCGGGACUCGGGCAUCCAGGAGGCCCUGUACCAGGAGUUGAUAGCCGUCGUGCCCCCUGACCGGGUCCCCGGUGCUGAGGAUAUCCCCAAGAUGCCACUACUUCGUGCCGUUAUCAAGGAGACGCUGAGGAUCUACCCCGUGGUCCCCACCAAUGCCAGAGUCUUCUGGGAGAAGGACAUCGUCAUUGGAGACUACCUCUUCCCCAAGAACACCCUCUUCGUCCUGGCGCACUAUGCCAUGUCCCACGACGAGACCCACUUCCCCGAGCCUGAGCGGUUCCUGCCCCAGCGCUGGCUCCGGGGCCAUGGCUCCCCCCACCACCCCUUCAGCUCCAUCCCUUUCGGGUACGGGGUCCGCGCCUGUGUCGGCCGCCGCAUCGCUGAGCUGGAGAUGCACCUGGCUCUGGCGAGGAUCAUCCAGGCGUUCGAGGUGCGGCCGGACCCCCGCGGCGUGGAGGUGACGUCCGUGUCCCGCAUCGUCCUGGUGGCCGACAAGCCCAUCAACCUGGAGUUCAUCGCCCGUCCGGCAGCCCCCUGAGUGCCCCUGCCCCGGGCACUGAGCCGGAGCCGACUCUGCCCCCGAGGGGCAGGGAGGCAACUGCCCCCCCCCUGGCACCCUCGGGCCCCUUUGGCACUCAGAGAUGAGCCGUAAGCGCCCAGCACCCACCCACUGCCCGGCUUUGGACGGGGGGCUCCCAGCCCUGCUGCAGGGAGCUGGAGGGGGUGAGGGCUGCCCCCAAACUGCCCCCGGGGCACUGGUCUCCCCCCACCCCGUGUCAGCAGGAAGCCUGGGGAAUCGCUGUGCCUUUCACACGCCGCUCGGGCUGCCGGGGCUCUGCCUGCCAGGGGGCCGCGGGGAGGGGGCCGCCGCCGUUCUGUCUCUGUCCCGUGAUUGUGUAGCUGCGCAUUGACCUGUGCCUGCUGGAGCCAGGAUGCCUGAGUCCUGCCAGAAUAGCUGACCUUGGCCGCA